CAACCAUGAAGCUCGCAACCGUCCUCUCCCUAGCCGCAGCAGUGUCCGCGUACAGCUGCAUCCCCCCAGUAAAGCCCGCAGGCCCCGAAGGCCACGCCCACACCUUCAACUUCGACUACGAAGGCGAGACCGGCCCCCUCAACUGGCACCACAUCGACCCAGCCAACUCGGAGUGCGCCCACGGCAAGCACCAAUCGCCGAUCGACAUCAACUCCAACAGCGUCACCAUCGCCCCGCGCGGCUCGGUGCGCAUUGACAUUCCCGAGGCCCCUACCGCGAAGCUCGAGAACCUCGGCUCUGGGCUUGAGGUCGUCCUCACUAAUGGCUCCCUGACGACUCCCAAUGGCAAUUACGAGCUUACUCAGUUCCAUUGGCAUACGCCUAGUGAGCACCGCAUAAACGAGCAGCACUCGCCCAUGGAGGCGCAUUUUGUUUUCAAAGAUGCUGCAAGCCGCAUCGCCGUCGUAGGCUUCCUAAUCGAGCUCUCCGAAACCGGCAGCUCAACCUGUCUCUUCGACUCGAUUUUCUCCCUCACAGACGCCAUAUACCAUCCCGGUGAAUUCGUCCACACGGGCCCGCUGGACUUCACCGAGGUCAACCACCAUCUGGACCUGAACCCUCCGUACCAGUACUCAGGGUCCCUGACUACGCCGCCGUGCACCGAGGGCGUCAGUUGGUAUGUGAGCAGUGAGCCUAUGCUGCUGAGUGUUCGGAGCUACAAUAAGGUGAAGAGGCUGCUUAAGUUCAAUGCUCGCUAUAUUCAGAAUACUCUGGGUGCGGAGAAUUUGUUGCAGGUUGCUGAGGAUUAGGAUGCGAGAUGUGUGGCUUGAGGGGAGCGUGUUUGCUAUGCUAUCCUUGGGAAUAAUGGUACCUGGAUACUAUUUGUAAGAAAGGUGUGGAUAGUGUCUGCAUGGGAUUGGUGUUUUGGGUUAUCUCUGGUUAUACUUUAUAUCGCGAUUGGACUUUAUUUGACAGGGAAUACUUUCGGCGUUGAGGGUUCUAAUUUCGGGUUUCUUGGUGUUUUUGA